GAAUCAAAACCCUUUCCGAUUGACUUAGUGCCGAAUAGCAAAAUAUCCCCUACCGCAAAAGUACACGAACGCUUAGUUGAAGCGGACCGCACCACGCCUUCAGCCGUAGUACGAAAUACGCCUAAGAAGUCGAAGCAGGAGCACCUUGAAUUUGCGUAGGCACAGCACCCGUGCCAAGGUUUUUGUAGACAAGAUGAUGGACUACAAUCCCAGCGAAUCUUGGCCAUUUCCUAUUUUGGCACAGUUCAUAGAAAUCCGGGAGAAACGAGGCUUUCAUCAAAUAUACACGAACGGGUUCAUAAGAACUUCUGACUACGAAAUUGAGCUUCCAAAAUAUUAUUACAAUGGCUGGACAGCUCGUGUUUUCAUGCGCAGGUCAAAGGAGCUACCGAGUGUUUCCAUCGAGAUAGUAUAUAACUCGGGGUGGUACUGCAAGACUCUAAUUAAGGACAGUGAAAACGCCAUACGUACCAGUACAAGUGGUAAUGAACCUGAUAACCAUGCGGCAAUGGGCCCCGAAGCAAACGCAGGAUCCAUUUAUUCAAUGGGUAUUCGAUUAGUGAAGGACUUUUACUUAAUGAGUGUAGCAAACGAAGCGAGUGGCACCCCGCAGAGUAUGAAAACAUCCCUAAAAGGCUAUAGAUAUGACUUCAAGAUUUCGUCAAGAACAGAUGUUAUAUUAUCAGUGCAUAUGAGUGAAGAAAUAGAAAACAACUACGUAAGCCUGCCACGGUAUUUCGACCUACUUGACACUAAGCAUCCUCCUGGCUCCAGCAUAGUUGCCCUCGUCAAGUGCACAGAUCCGGGGGCCGAGACAACAUUCUAUCUUGACAAUGAUUCCAAGCGUCCCGAAGAUUCGAACGAUACCAAAGACUUAGCACCUGUCAAAUUCAAAACUGUUCAUGACCUUAAAAAAGAUCAGGAAUUUUAUGUGUAUGUCCGGAACUUGCCGCACCGCUACACGGUGGCUACAAGUUUCUCCCCUGAACCGCGCCCGAUAGACCAUAAGGCGGGAAAGGACCAUAUAUAUUUUUAUAACUCAGAAAACUGCACUACUGUAAGUUUGAUCCAGGUUCGCUGGCCGCUCGGCUGCAUUUGUCAAACCAGGGAGCAGAGCCCGCUGAAUUGUGCCGUGUUUACGAAGCGGUCUAUUUCUGCGACGUUGACCUUGCCAACUUCUAUUCAUUUUUUGAAGCGCUGGGACAUCGCCCGCGCACGACAGCGCCAAGCAAUCAUAAUGAGAACUUUUUAUGUAGGAAAGUGUUGUUGCUAAAUAAAUACCAGUCUUCG